AUGAGCAUCCGGAAGUCAUGGGCUCACAUAGUACAGGCUUCCAUAGCUGAUGGUGUUUUGUCAGCCACUGCGGCAACGUCAGGGGCGCCAUUCAUUGUUCCACAAAGCCAAUACCUUCACAAAGGACACUGUGUGUAUUCCUGCAAUGCCAUAUUGGGAGUCCUCGUGAGGGCCAACUGUGUCAACAUUGCCAAGGCCAUCUACGAUCAGGUUCUCACAAAAGCAAUAUUGAAACCUGAUGUUUACACUUAUACUACCAUGAUUUGUGGGUUAUGCAAAGUGGGCAUGGUCGAGAAUGCAUGCAAGGUGUUCGAGGAAAUUCCCUGUGAACCCAACAUGGUUACUUACAACACGUUGGUCCACGAGUUUUGUAAGAAAGGUGAUAUGGAGGGUGCCACAAGGGUUUUUGAUAGACUGGUUGAGAGUAAGAGUUGCAAGCCGGGUGUGGUGAGUUUUACCACUUUGAUUGAACGAUAUUCUAAGAGAGGUGAUUUCCGAGAUGCGUUUGAGUGCUUGAAGGAGAUGAUGGAAGGUGUUCCCCGAAUGCCACUUGUUCGAAUAGGGAAGUCUGAUGAGACUGUUGAGCAUUUGAGGGAAAUGGUUAGUCGCGGGAUGAGGCCAGAUGUGAAAGCGUAUCGGGUUGUCGUUGUCAAUGAGUAUUGCAAGAUUAGAAAACCAAGUGAAGCAGUGUUGCUUCUGAGGGAAAUGGUGGUGAGGGGUUUUAAGCCAAGUAUGUCAAGCUUUAAUGCAGUGUUUAGAGUUCUUGUGGAUGAGGGGAAGCUUGAUAAAAGAGUUCUUCUUUUGAAGCAGAUGCCUAAGAUGGGAUGCUCGCCCAACUUCUUAUUUUAUUGCACAGUGAUAUGUGGUCUUUGUAAAGUGAAUGGUAGGAUGCAACAAGUUGAAGAGCUCAUUCCGGAUAUGCUUCAGAAUAGGCAUAACCUAGAUGCCACUAUGUAUAAUUGCUUACUUGCGGGAUAUUGUGAAGAUGGGGAUGAAGAAAUGACACCAAAGACAGUUAUGACAUAAUGGACAAGAACUUAAUUUGUAAUCAACCAAGACAUUUUCUUCACUUUUGUGAAGGUGCUGUGUGCAAAGGGAAAAUUGAA